AUGCGAUGUCAGCACUGCAGCUUGGCCUUAUGGUUCCUCGGCACAUUGGUUCUGCCUUCGCAGGCCAAGAACAUCAUGAGGCGAUCGCAGGCACAUAUUGCCAGUGACGGAGCCAUUCUACAGCAGAUUCUGGACUUUGCCUCGUCGGAAACUGAUUCUGCUAUGCCAGUUUACAAGCUGUACUUCAACCUCCAGGGGAAGCAUAUGUGUUGGCAGAGAGAGUCCGAAGGUUGUCGUUCGUCCGCAGCUGAAUGCAAUGUGGAGUAUUGCCAUGCCGACGAUCCUGGCUGUGACUGUAUGAAAGUGGGAUUUCGGAAUUGCAGCCAAAGCAGGCUGGCACCGUUGCAGCUGUUUGUGGAAACGAUGAAGCAACCAGAUGGGAACUUUCCGGACCACACCUAUUACUGGCGCCAGCUGCGGGUGAAGUAUUACGACUCCUCAGAGUGGGGCGACCGCUCCCAUGAUUUCGGAAAGGCCUUGGAGUCCUAUCUGGCUUGCAACGCAGAGCCCUGCGAGUGCCGAAGUGAGAGCGUCUUCCUUUUUGCCUGGGAUGGAAGCAGGCUGGUCAACGUGGAGGAGGAGACGCGCCGCAGCGUUGGUCCAUCUCCUUUUCAUGUCAAAACUGGGGACACGACACUGACUUUGCGCGAGUACAACAUGCGUUUGAAGGAAAGCAAGAUGGAAGCUGAAGCCUCCCACACAUACCACGAUCCCACAUCUUCAUCGACGAAAACAACAUCUACGACAACCCACAUGCAUUCAGUCUCGACCACUCGCACACCUGCCCGAGCUACCAGCACCAGCACCACGACCACUACAAGACGACCCAGGACGACAACGGCUGUCGCCAUUUCGGCCUCCGAUGACAUCGAGGACAGCGCCGAGGAGGACUCGACAACCGAGAUCAGUACCACCACAGGAGCGGGUAACUGGGAUGAGGAUGAUGAAGAAGAUCCGGAAGAGGAGCAGGAGGAC